AUGGAGUUGGGGACUUACGGCUAUGAUUAUAAUAUCAGCGAUUACCCAGACGAUGUCGAACCAGAGCUCUGCAACCUCGACCUGAAACCCGUGGAGGUCAUGAGCCAAAUGUACUUCCACUCCAUCAUCUGCAUCUUUGGCCUGAUUGGCAACACCCUGGUCAUCGUCACCUACCUGUUCUACAAGAGAACCAAGACCAUGACGGACGUCUAUCUCUACAACGUGGCGGUAGCAGACCUGAUCUUUGUGUUGGCGCUGCCAUUCAUCAUCUACAACGAGCAGCACAGUUGGUUAAUGGGCACUGUGGUGUGCAAGAUGCUGAGGUCAGCCUACAGUAUCAACCUCUACAGUGGCAUGAUGCUGCUCGCGUGCAUCAGUGGUGACCGUUACAUUGCUAUAGUUCAGGCUAGAAGGUCCUUCGGCACUCGCUCACACACUCUGAUCUAUAGCCGCUUUAUCUGCUUUGCUGUUUGGGUGUUUGCCAUGGCUUUGACUCUGCCCACACUCUACUACACCCAGCUCAAUGAAGAGAAAAAUCUGGCAGCUGGGACCGUCACUAUGGUGUGCCAACUGUCUUUCAGCAAGAAUGAAACAGCAAAGACGAUGAAGGUGGUGGUUCCCAGCCUUCAAAUGGCCAUCGGCUUCCUGCUGCCCCUGGUGGUGAUGGUGUUCUGCUACUCCAGCAUCGUGUGCACCUUGCUCAGAGCGCAGAGCAGCCAGAGGCAAAAGGCCAUCCGUGUGAUUUUGGCAGUUGUUGCGGUUUUCAUCCUGUGCCAUCUUCCCUACAACGUGGCUCUGCUGAACCACACUCUGUCUCUUUUUAAGCAGAGGAGUUGUACAGCGGAAAAGAUUAAACUCCAAGUUCUGGCCAUUUCCAGGAGCGUAGCCUACCUCCACUGCUGCCUCAACCCCAUCCUCUACGCCUUCGUCGGGGUGAAGUUCAGGAGCCAUUUCCGGCAAAUAAUGUUGGACUUAUGGUGCUUCAGCAAAAAGUACAUCUACACCGCUCGCUCUUCACGUGCGACGUCCGAUAUCUGCAUCUCAGGUCGCAUGUCUUCAGAUGGCUUCAACAACAUGACGUCUUUCAGCGCAUGACACUGCAGUAGUACAAAAUAUUAAGAUCAAGUAGCCGCCGUUACUUUGCUGCAGCUGUAUAUAAGUAGAUAUGAAAGCAAUUGUGCAAAAUUUGCUUAAAUAAAACAUGUAGUCUAUUUCAAAUUUACUGUAUUAUCUGCAAGUUCCAUAUAAGAUACUAUCAUAUUGUAGAGGUUUUUUACAUAUCUUUUACAUUUGUAUGAUUUAGUUGUUGAACAUCAAUACAUAUGACUGAAAGUAAAGUAACAUUGAUGUUUGAAAAAAAAAAAAAAAACUUAAAUAAGUGCUCCAGCUGUUACAUACUGCAUUUCCUUUAAGUAGAUGGGGCGCCUCAUAGAAAAGAAAACUUUUUUUUUUCCAGAAAUGUCCACUGAUGUAUGAUUGUGACACAUGUGGUAACUUUAUUCUUUUACUUAUGUAACCAUAACAAAAAUAUUGUUUUCUUUUAUUCCUGUGUGUGAUGUUGAGUGAGUCUGUUGA